AUGGACCAUUGGCAAAGAACUUCGAAAUGGGCCAGCAUCAGCUCCUCCAAACCUAUGACACUCAGCGGAGGGAGUAGUGCCAACCCAGCGGCGAGAAUGGUCGGCUCGGCGUCUCCCUUUGGUGGCGGGGUGAUUGGCAAUGUCGGCCAGAUUUUUGUUGGUCUGGUCUAUCAAGCCGUGGAUUUCAACCAUCAACCGAUCAUCCUCCAGACCGUCUCGGGUGCCGACGGCCAGCCCACCAUUGCACUCAGCUUGAAUGGCUAG